AUGGGGCUAUGCAGGAUGUAUUACAGUCUGGUAGAUCGACUUGUGUCCCUUGUGACAGCAGGGAAUCUAACCUGGAAGUUCUGCCAUAUAGGGCUUGAUCUUAUAAACCUAUUGCAGCGUCAUGAUGUGCCUGCCCCACCCAGCAUAGUAGAACUGAUGACCCAGUCCUGUAUACAUGAGUCUCUCUACAGACGUAAGAUUAGUGUAGUCAGCCUGAUGUCCAUUCUACGUCAGUACAAGAGGCCGACCAAGAAGGUGCUAGUAGAUCCUGUGAAGAAAGCCUCCAAACACAUCCCCACCCUGGGGCCGAACACAGAUCCAGGACUGAGACCAGGGUUCCGGGCCGACAAUGCCUGGCACCAGUACAAUGUCAGGGAGAUCCCAGAUUCAGCUGAGAAAUGGGAACAACAGGUGGUUGUGGAGAAGACACACUGGGGACACUACACCUGGCCUAAUCAGCUAGAGACCUAUGCAGCCCACAGUGAGCAGCCCAAGUUGAACCGCCCACGUGAGGAGAUGUCAGACAGUGAGAGGGUUAUCUAUGAUGCCUUCAGCAGCCCCGAGUAUGUGGCCAAGCUGAUAGACUUCCUGACCCUGGAGGAGAACAAGGGCAAGGAUCAGUUCAACCAUAUGAGAAUGAUCCUCUUUAAGGGCCUGUUCCGUAACUACGGGGACUGCGUGCUUGCCCCGUUGAAGCCCCACAUAGAACGGCUGAUCAGUGACAUGAGUCACGACAAGCAUGAGACCAGCCACCGGUGUGCCAUGGAGAUCAUGUCUGGCCUCAUAUUGGGCUCUAAGCACUGGUCAUAUGAAUCGACUGUGUCACUGUGGUCCUGGCUGCUGCCACUUCUCCGCUCGGCUCUCAACAGCAUCACAGACUCCACGCUGAAAGACUGGAGCACUUUCUUUACCUUUGCCUGUGAGAGUAGAGAUCCCCGCAAGCUGUACUGGUUCUAUGAACUUCUCCUUGAUAACCCUCUCAAUGGGGAGGGAGGAUCCUUCAGUGACGCAAGUCGUCUGUGCAUGCUACAGAACGCCCUGUUACAACAAGAGUGAAGGGUGGGGGACAUUCAUGACCGCCUUGUCACCUACCUCACACCACAUCUCUCACACAUGUACAAGAUGGUCAGGGACCGUAUUGGAUCG